AUGAGAGAGAUUAUCAGUUUGAACGUCGGCCAGGCCGGUUGCCAGAUCGCCAACUCCUGCUGGGAGCUGUACUGUCUGGAGCACGGUAUUCAGCCCGAUGGUUACCUCACCGAUGAGCGCAAGAAGGCCGAUCCCGACCACGGCUUCAGCACUUUCUUCUCCGAGACUGGCCAGGGCCGCUACGUUCCCCGUACCAUCUACUGCGAUCUCGAGCCCAAUGUCGUCGAUGAGGUCCGCACUGGUACCUACCGCUCGCUCUUCCACCCCGAGCAGAUGAUCACCGGCAAGGAGGAUGCUUCGAACAACUACGCCCGUGGCCACUACACCGUUGGCAAGGAGAUGAUUGACCAGGUCCUCGACAAGGUUCGCCGUGUGGCCGACUCUUGCGCUGGUCUUCAGGGCUUCCUCGUCUUCCACUCCUUCGGUGGUGGUACCGGCUCUGGUUUCGGUGCCCUCCUGAUGGAGCGUCUGUCCGUCGACUACGGCAAGAAGUCCAAGCUGGAGUUCUGCGUCUACCCUGCCCCCAGAAUGCCACCUCCGUUGUUGAGCCCUACAACUCCAUCCUGA